GUUUCUGUAUUGUCUCGAUCUGUGUUCAAUUCAUGAAUGUCAUUUAUUUUAUUUUGAGAAUACAUUCGAUUGAGUGCAUUUGCUUUCAUUCGAAUAGAAAACUAUUGACACUAGAUUAAUUCUUGGUUUGAAUCUGAUUGUUGAACGCAUUGUCAACGAGUACUUGAUCAGUGGAUAGACUAAUUCACAAGUAUCAGCUUGCUUGUAUCUGAUCCAUUUCAAAAUUACAAAGUCUAGAAUGUUCACUUGUUGUAACUUAGUUUAUUCAUGAAUGGGUCUUAGAUACGGAUCCAGACUCGUUCAGAAAGUCAAUAAAACGCUCCUCUAUUGAUCGUGUGAUAAAACAAGAUUUUACAUUAUUUCGUACUCGGAAUCGAUAAGGUGGGCGUCAGCUUUCCCUUCAUAUCCACACUCUGAUUAUGCGCAACUUUCGAAAGAUAAUUCAGGUUGAUAUUGACUUUUGCUAGUACACGCAGUUUGACAUAAAGUAAGCUCGAAUUCGAACCGAACCCCUAGCUCCGAAUUUCAGGAGAUUCGGGCUCAUUUUAUGUCGAUGCAUAACAAUAUAGUAUUAAGGACAAGAAAUCACUAGCUACCAUGUGGGGGCAAAAAGAACGCGCUUUUUUUUUAUUAAAAUAAGCAUAGCUAGUUAAUCCUCUAGAGUCCUUUAACAGCGAGAUAAGAAACAACAAUGAGAAUGGUAAUUGCCAGUAAUAAAAUUUUGUACAAUAAAAGUAGAGAUCAUAAAUUUAUUUCUGCACUCAUAUCAGUAUUAACAACUGGUAGUAAGCACACGAUGAUAGAAAGAAAAGUAACAAAUGUUGAUGCAGUAGCCAACCGGCGAAAAAAGUGUGUAAUAAGUUCUGAUUUCCUUCAAACAAUAUUAUUUUCUUAUAUGUUCUUUUGGUAGAGUAGACUAAUAUUUGCAGCAUAUAUACUAGACAUUUCUAUCUCUUAUAGUUAGAAAGAUACAAGAAUAUUAAGAAUGUUAAAUAGAAAUCAAUAGUUUUAAUGAGAUUUAUAAAUGGAAAUUCUAUAAGAGUUGAUGUCUUUUCAAUAACGAACAGUCUUCUGACUCUUACAGAAAACUUGAAAUUUAAGAUGCGCACCAUGAUGGAUUCAGGGUUUUCUAAUCUAAUACAAUUCGUCGAAAGUCUUUAUUAGUUACUUGUAUCUCUCUGACGAUAAGAGGUAGAAAGUUGAAAAAUUCUUGUAUGGAGUAGAUCUAGAUGUCCCACAUAUAUGUGGCAAAGAUCACCUAUUCUACCGGAAAAACAUAUAAGACAAGAAUAUGACUUGAAGGAGAUCAGAACUUCAUACACAUCCUUUAUUCUUAGUUUUUCUACAUCACGAAUUUCUCCAGAAACACAAUCAAACUUGCACAAUGAAAAUUUCCUAAAUUCAUCUAAAGUGUCUCUGUCGACUGAAAGUGAGUAUCAUUAUUAGAAUGUAUUGGUAAUAAACGCAACAUACUGGAUUGCGAUUCAUGAAUCAGAUUUGCUUGAAAUUUAUUUUACUAUCUGACUUUUUUUUAUUGUCAAUAAGAUGAAUAUUUUGUAUUGAGACAAAGAAUGAUGAGAUUAAAGGUCAUCAUUCUAUAUCACUGAUAAAACAAUCAAUAAAAUAAAAACUUAAGUACCCUUUACUUGAAAGCAGAACUUUUGUUGCAAGUGCAGAAGAAAAACGAAGAAGAGUUUUUUUUAAGACAAAGUAGAUCUCAAACUUCUGCACAGUUAGUUAAACAUAAGCACAGAAUACAAUUUUAGUUUGAUACGAUUAUAUAUCUAGGUAAACAGCGACAAUCAUGUCGAUUGGAUUGGGCUGAAUCGUCAUGGACAAGAUGGAUACAGAUACCAUUACUGUUGUGGAUAACACCUAUUCUCUCCUUGGGUAAUAAACGUACUCUUGUUGAAGAUGAUCUUAGUGAUCUUUCUGUCAACGACAAAUGUUCACUUUUGUUGAAUAGAGUGAAUCAGUAUAGUUCUAAAUGGCAAGGUACAUGGCAUAUAUUCAAGCAAACAUUUUAUAAAGAUUUUCUAAUAACCAUGUUGCUGGUUAUUCCAUGUGUUAUUGCUCGUGUUGCCCAGCCAUUGCUUGUUCGUCAAAUUGUGCUCUACAUUAAAAAUCCAUUAGAAUUACCUGCUUACGCUGGUUAUCUAUGCACUAUUGCUCUUUGCAUUUCUGCAAUUCUACAAUCCAUUCUUAUCCACCAAAUCUUCUUUCGAAAUACACGCGUAGGUAUGCGCGUUCGCAAUGCAUUAUCAUCAACCAUCUACAAGCAAUUGUUGACCAUUAAUACAGCAGCUCUUCACAAGACUACUGCUGCUCAAACGAUCAAUUUAGUAGCAAACGAUGCCGGUAAAUUUGAAGAAUUAAGCGUUCUCUUACAUAUGUUACUACUGGUUCCUCUGGAAACUCUUGUCACCUUUGGUGCCAUUUGGUGGAAUAUCGGCUUACCGACAUUAUUCGGCUAUGCAGUAUUGCUUUUAUUAGUACCUAUACAGGUCAUUUUCAGUAGACAAUUUAGCCGAUAUCGAAAGGAUACAAUGGCAUGUACAGACAAGCGUGUUCAAGCCAUCAAUGAACUUAUCAAUGGUUGUCAAAUUAUUAAGAUGUACAAUUGGGAAAAAGCAAUGGAGCAACGAGUACGUGAAAUACGUGGGCGUGAACUUUCGCAUAUUUUCAAAUCUAGCUGCUUGAGAACUCUUAAUAUUGCACUCUCCUUUGCAGCACUUCCUUUGAUUUCUCUUGCCACAUUCGGUGGUAGUUGGCUAAUGGGUCAAAGUUUGCUUCCAGAAAAUAUUUUCGCAACAUUAGCCUUCUUCGGCAUGGUGCGAAUUCCAGUCACACUUACAAUGCCGCUCACCAUCGAAAAGUUUAGCGAAGCUCGUGUUUCUGCAAGAAGAAUCGAUCAGUUUAUGGAACUCGACAUACUGUCGAAUAAACGUGAAAAAGUGGAAAACGAAAACGGAAAUCAUGCAAUCAUAAUGGAAGAUGCAUCAUUCUCUUGGAAAGAUUCUCUUUCUUUGUUUUCUCUCAAUCUCAAAAUCAGAAAUGGUAACUUGGUUGGAGUGAAAGGUGCCAUCGGUGCUGGCAAGUCAACCCUACUAGCUGCUAUUCUCGGUGAGAUCAAUCUUGUUAGUGGAAAAUCACAACUUUAUGUUAAUUCGAUUUCCUAUGUUCCACAAUCGGCAUGGAUCUUUGCCGACACUAUUCGAGCUAAUAUUCUUCUUGGCAAACCAAUGAAUGAAGAACGUUACAAGAAUGUCAUCAAAGCAUGUUGUCUUGAUGUUGAUCUACAGAAUUUCGGUGAAGUCGGUGAUUUAUUGAUGAUUGGCGAUAAAGGUGUCAAUUUGAGUGGAGGACAAAAAGCUCGAAUAUCGCUAGCUCGUGCUCUUUAUGCUGAUGCCGACUUAUAUUUACUCGACGACCCACUCGCUGCCGUUGAUCCAAAGGUGGCAAAGAACAUUUUUGAUGAAUGCAUUGGUCCUCGUAGUCUCCUUCGUGGAAAGACUCGAAUAUUGGUUACACAUCAGACACAUUUUUUAGUUGAAGCAGAUCAAUUGAUUCUUUUGACGAAUGGUCACAUUGAUGAAUUACAUAUUGAACAACCUGUUGAAAAUGAGUCAUCGAAUGAUAUUUCACCAACAGAUUCAUCAAGUGAUACAUCAGAAACCAACUCAUCGUAUGAUAAGAAGACAGAUUGGACACUUAACACUGCUACAACUGAUAUGAAUUCGAUUGUAAAGAGCGAGACAUCAAACGAUAGUGUCAUCAACUGGAGUGUUUGGCUACAACUGUUCACUUCACCACCUUUACGUUGGUUUGGCUUUUUUCUUAUGAUAAUUUUUAUGCUUGGUAAUCAAGCUCUAUACGACUUUACAAAUAGUUGGCUCUCUCGAUGGUCUGGUAAAGAUGAAAGUGAACAACGAUCAUCAUUUUAUGCUUACGUCUAUCUUGGAGUUAUACUUGCUACGUUAAUCGUUGCAUUAAUACGUGCUGGCUAUAUCUUCUAUAUCAUGUUGCGUGGUUCAACCCAUUUUCACAAUCGAAUGCUCAAAGGUAUCUUGUAUACUUCGUUACGUUUCUUUGAAAGUAAUCCAAGUGGACGAAUAUUGAAUCGAGCAAGCAAAGAUCAACAAGUGUUAGAUGAAUCAUUACCUCUGGCUUUAAUUGAUACUAUGCAAUAUUUACUAAUGACUCUCGGUUCUAUUGUAAUCAUUGGAAUAACCAACCCAUGGGUGCUUCUAGUUCUCAUUCCUUUGGUUCCCACAGUUGUGUGGCUUCGUAGAUUUUACAUGC